UGAAACUGGCUGAGGCCAUACAUACGUUUAUGGACAUUGAACUACAACUCCCGCUGUCCUUUGCGGGUCAGCGGCGGCUUGUCCAGGAACUGAGCUGGUAAAAAGGCCUCGGACUGGAAGUGGGAUCUCGUAUGCACGAACAUAGACUCAUUGGAAGAUCACAUCUGCUGCUAUUCCUCACAUUUGUGGCCAAACUGAGAGGUGACAUUUAAUAUCAAUACGAUGGGGGCUGUUUGGGGCCGACGAAUGGCUGGUGUGGAAGAUAUUGAUAUCCAGGCAAAUUCUGCAUAUCGUUACCCUCCUAAAUCAGGAAACUAUUUUGCUAGCCACUUUUUCAUGGGGGGAGAAAAGUUUGAAACCCCACACCCAGAAGGCUAUCUUUUUGGCGAGAACACUGACCUGAACUUCCUGGGGAACCGGCCAGUGCAGUUCCCCUAUCUGACUCCAGCCCCCCACGAGCCUGUGAAAACUCUGCGAAGUCUGGUGAAUAUUCGCAAGGAUUCCCUGCGUCUAAUCAGGUACAAAGAUGGUGUUGACAGCCCCCUGGAAGAUGGAGAGAAGCCACGGGUGCUGUAUGGACUGGAAUUCACAUUUGAUGCAGACGCUCGUGUAGCUAUAACCGUGUACUGCCAAGCCAGUGAGGAGUUUGUUGGAGGCAUGGCAGUGUACAGCCCCCGCAGCGCCGCUCUGCAGUCCCAGACUGUGUAUUAUAAGAGAGGACUAAACCAGCAAUUCUCUCUCCCAGCAUUCAAGAUAGAUUUCAGUGACUGGAAGGACGAAGAGCUGAACCUUGACCUGGAUAAAUGCACCAUACCUCUAGUCAUUCAUGCGGUUGUGUCCGAGGGAGGAGAUGGCUCUGGUCAUGCUCAUGUGCUGUUGGCUGCGUUUGAGAAGCAUGUGGAUGGCAGUUUCUCAGUGAAGCCUUUAAAGCAAAAACAGAUUGUGGAUCGAGUCAGUUACCUCUUACAAGAAAUCUACGGCAUUGAGAACAAGAACAACCAAGAAACAAAGCCCUCUGAGGACGAAAACAGUGAUAACAGCAAUGAAUGUGUGGUUUGUCUCUCUGACCUAAGGGAUACGCUGAUCUUACCAUGUAGACAUCUGUGUCUGUGUAACUCGUGUGCAGACACCCUGCGUUACCAGGCCAACAACUGCCCCAUCUGCAGGCUGCCGUUCCGGGCCCUCCUGCAGAUCCGGGCCGUUCAGAGGAAGCCAGGUCCUCUCCCUCCAAUUUCUUUCAGCCCAGUUCUAGCUCAGAGCCUGGAUCAUGAUGACAAUUCUAGUGCUGACAACCUGCCUCCGGGUUUCGAACCCAUCUCACUGUUGGAGGCCCUCAAUGGGCUACGUUCUCCACCUCCUUCUGCCCCAUUAUAUGAGGAGAUUCCCUAUAAUGAGGGGCUUCCUGUCCGUGGACCCCCAGACAAUUCUGCACACAAAAGCAAGCAUGUAAAGUCCCCUGACAGUGCUCUACGCUCACCCUCUUCUCCCAUCCAUGAAGAAGAUGAGGAAACGUCAACCACUUCUGACAGUGAUAGACCUGCUCUCCUCGGAUCCCUCAGCAGAGACCCUUUACACACUGAGGCUCUCUCACCUACUGGCACCCCAGAGAUUGUGUCCGCUCAUCGAGGCUCCCGAUCACAGCCUCAAAACGAUGUCCACAAGGAAUUUUCCGACCCCUUACAGAUGAAGGAGGAAGAGACAACAGAUGUCACCGCUUUGGGUCCUGACUCGUGCUCCAUUGGCAUUGAUGAGUGAAAGAUGCCUGAUCAGACCUGGGGUGUUGAAAAUGACCAAACUGUUCCACACUCGUUCCUCCUGAGUGAUCUGCUAAUAUGGAUUGGAGGAAAGAGAUGCCCCAAUUCUCCUUGACUAGUUCUACACAUUCCAAGAGGGGGCUAGUCCAGGGACCCUACAUUACGUUAAAGCCUGGAUGAUAGAAAAAAACUCCUUGACAAUGUGCUGGGCUGUUACUGUCAGUCGUAGUGCCAGCUUCAUGUGCCAUGUGGCCAAUGCCUGUACAAAUGUAUUGUGACUGUGCCCGUUUUAUGUGUACAGCUGUGUGCAUGGCACUAUGUGCCAGCUUGCAUGUUGGCCUUACUAUGUGCCAGUCCUGGCAGCCAAAGAUCUAGCAUUGAUCUUCUCUGUCGCCCUCAUCUCUAGAGGAAAACUAUAUCUGGUUAAUGUGCCAACCAGCCCCCUCCCUUUACCAUGCUGAAUUUGCACCCCAUUAACUUACUGAAUCCAAGGAACAUUUAUUCAUUGAACGGUUUAUUGUCCUGGCAAAUGCUUUUAAUCCAUUCUUCGCAUUGUAACACAGGUAGAGAUGUGGUUAAUUGGGUAAGUCACUGUAAUAAAAAGUCAUUCAGCAUAUAAACCAUUUUUUUUUUUUUUUUUUGUAAAAACAAAUUUCUGAAAUAAUAAAUAUUACAUUGCUAAUACUUAAAAUUUUUCACUUUUUAUUUUUACAUGGGUGGCUUU